GCCUGGGCUCACCUGGGCUGGCCUGGGGCCCGCGGGCAGGGCCGGCCGGCUGCCACCUUCUUAAAACCUGGGCAGCCCUAGAGCGAGCUCCCUGUGGAUCUGCAGCUCAGCUCGGGUGGCAGCACUUGGGCUUGACCCCGAACCCCCCGACCGCAGUGAUCCACUUCCACCCCAGGGAAUAAAGGCUCCGUGACCACCAGUUCUGCCCUGGAGCCCACCUGCCUCUCGCAGCCCCCACAGCCUGACUUGUGUCUCCCCCAGGAUGGAUACAUGGACGGUGCUGCUGGUUCUGCAAGCUUCACUGCUCUUCCCUCUGACUGACUGUACUGCCCCCACCCCCACUCUGCGCUUUGUGGCUGUGGGUGACUGGGGAGGAGUCCCCAAUGCCCCUUUCCACACAGCCCGGGAAAUAGCCAACGCUAAGGAGAUGGCCAGAACUGUGCAGACCAUGGGUGCAGACUUGAUCCUGUCCCUGGGGGACAACUUCUACUUCAAUGGCGUGCAUGAUGUCAAUGACAAGAGGUUCCAGGAGACCUUUGAGGAUGUGUUCUCUGACCGCUCCCUGCGCAAUGUGCCCUGGUAUGUGCUGGCCGGGAACCAUGACCACCUGGGCAACGUCUCAGCACAGAUUGCCUACUCCAAGAUCUCCAAGCGCUGGAACUUCCCCAGCCCCUUCUACCGCCUGCACUUCAAGAUCCCACGGAGCAACACCUCUGUGGCCAUCCUCAUGCUGGACACCGUGACACUGUGUGGCAACUCAGAUGAUUUCCUCAGCCAGCAGCCUGAGAGGCCCAAAGAUCUGACUCUGGCCCGUGCCCAGAUGUCCUGGCUCAAGAAGCAGUUGGCGGCAGCCAAAGAGGACUACGUGCUGGUGGCCGGCCACUAUCCUGUAUGGUCCAUCGCUGAGCAUGGGCCCACCCGCUGCCUGGUCAAGCACCUGCAGCCACUGCUGGUCAAAUAUGGGGUCACUGCCUACCUGUGUGGCCAUGACCACAACCUGCAGUACCUUCAGGAUGAGAAUGGAGUGGGCUAUGUGCUGAGUGGGGCAGGGAACUUCAUGGACCCCUCGGUGCGACACCAGCGCAAAGUCCCCAACGGCUACCUGCGCUUCCACUAUGGGGCCGAGGACUCGCUGGGUGGUUUUGCCUAUGUGGAGAUAAGCCCUAAAGAGAUGACUGUCACAUACAUCGAAGCCUCGGGAAAAUCCCUCUUCAAGACCAGCCUGCCCAAGCGAGCCAAACCCUGAACAUCCAGGAGGACCCUGCCCUGCCCACUUUGAGGCCUGAGGCAGCGGGGCUUCUGCAAGGGUGGUGCACGGCCCUGUGGAGACCCCAGCCACAGGUAGGUUGUCUCUCAGGCCCCUGGUGCUCCAGCAGAGCAGAAAGAGAGCCACAGCACCACAUGGCCAUGGUAGCACAGAUGACCACACAUGUGAAAGAAGCAUGGACGUGUGUCCCCGCUGGCAUGUCACACCCCAUGGCCAGACUCACCUAGGCUGUUUUGGGGAGCCAGGAGGAAGAGAGGGAAUUUUUUUCCUGAAACAAGCAUCUUUCUGUUACUGCCAUUUAAUAAAAGACUAGUUGUCAAGGCUGCA